AUGCACACCUACAAAACAUAACCACUGCUCUCUCUCUCUCUCUCAACCACAGCUCAUAACAUGUGAAGCCAUGAGAGUUCGUCUGUUAUUUUUACAGAACACUACUCUUUUUACAUAAGUAUAAGGAAACCCUCUCUCUCUCUCUCUCUCUCUCUCUCUCUCAGCUUUCUGCAUUUUCGAGGUCACAUAGUCUGUCGUGUUGUGUCAAAUUUCUGACAAAGCUACCAUUAUUAAAAUGUCACAAAAGAAUAAACAUUCUUUUGGCAGAACAUAUGCUCUCUCUUCUUUACUUCUCUGCUCCUGCAUAUAAUUGCCAAGCUCUCUGCUCUCUUCCAAAUUUAAUGGGGAUUUGUCAGUUCCUUGUUAGAUCCUGUUCCCUGUUUCUUGAUUUCAUUAUCACUCUCUCUCUUUCUCGCAUUUCUUGCAUUUAGUGAACAAAAUUCCCACUGGUCUUUUCCCAACUUGGGUUUCAUUGUAAAUGUAGCUCAACUGUUAAUUGAAGCUCUGUUUUUUUAAUUCAAUCAUGGGAAAGAUUGGAGGAAGCUCUUGGUUGAAUGCAGUGAAAAAGGCUUUCAGGUCUCCCACUAAAGACACCCAGAAAAGUAGCAGCAGAAGGAGAUCAGAAGACAAUGAACAAGAAGAGGAAGAGAAGAAGAGAGGAAAGCGAAGAUGGAUUUUUUGCAAACCAUCGCAUCACGAAACCACGAUACAGCACAAUGAAGCUAAGAAAUUAACUACUAGUAAUACUGCUAAGACUUGUGUGCCUAAAAAUCCUGUCCCUGAGGCUGCCGAAGCGGAGCAAAGACGUGCUAUUGCGAUGGCUAUGGCAACAACAGCAGCCGCAGAGGCAGCAGUUGCAACAGCCCAAGCUGCCGUGGAGGUCAUUCGGCUAACCAGGCCUUCCAUUCUCAUCAGAGAGCACUAUGCUGCCAUAGCUAUCCAGACUUCCUUCAGAGGCUAUCUGGCAAGGAGAGCUCUGCGUGCGCUUAAGGGGCUGGUGAAGCUACAAGCCUUAGUGAGAGGUCACAAUGUCCGAAAGCGAGCAAAAAUGACUCUCCAAUGCAUGCAAGCACUGGUUCGAGCACAAGCUCGAGUGCGCGAUCAGCGUAAGAGGCUAAGCAUAGAUUCUGCGUUCAGUGAUCCCAACAGCUUGUGGGGAUCUCACCUCUCAGACAGAAAAAAGUCCCUUUCCAGAGAUAGUAGUAAUGAUGCUGCAGAUGAGAAGACCCUUGCUUAUGCCUUCUCUCACCAGAUGUGGAGAUCUGAUAAGAACCUAUUCAGAGGCAAUGAAGAGCUAGAAGAAGAGAAACCCAGAUUGCUAGAUCAGUGGAUGAUAGGCAGAGCUUCAUGUGAUCAAAGAGAAGCAAUAAAAACUGUUGAAAUAGACACCUACAGGCCUUACUCUUACACAGCCCCCAAUUUUCACAAACCACAAAAUCAAAAUUACCAUUACUAUUACUACCAACAACAAGAAGAACCAUGUCCACACUCAGUUCACUCACCCCUUCAGAGGACACAUCAAAACAAAACAAAGCCUCUUCAAGUAAACGCGGCUAGUCCGCGCUGCCUGAGAGCAGAGAGGGACUACCCGAAAGCUCAGACGCCGACAUUGCGCUCUGUGCCUAAUUACAUGGCUGCAACUGUGUCUGCCAAGGCUCGGAUUCGAUCGCAGAGUGCGCCGAGGCAGAGAGCAUUGACACCAGAGAGAGAGAAACUGAGCUCGGCGAAGAAACGCCUUUCGUUCCCUGUUCCAGGAGAGGCGUACACCAAUGGAGUUGGGACUAGUGAUAGUGAUGUUUCAUUUGAGUGUAAUAACUUGAGGAGUCCAAGUUGGAAGAGCAUUUACAGAGAACAGUUUGGAAUGGUGCAGAGGCCUAAUAUGUGCUUUGGUGAUGAGGCUUCUUCACCUUCAACUAGUGGUGGUGUUAGGAGGUGGUUGAAAUGAUGCACUUUUAACUGAUUGAAUGAAUCUUCUCUGUGCUUGCUUGGAGGUUUGUAUGUAUGUUUUUUUUUUUCUUUCUUUGUUUUUUCUGCUACUAUUAGUGAAGUUCAUUGAGCAACCUUGUCAGACUUCCUAAAAGAAUUGACAAACUAUCAAACUAACCACACUCUGUAUUUUCACAUCAUGGACAGAUCA